AUGGGAAGUUUUAUAUCCUAGGUGAAAGCGGUAAAUGAUUUGAGAACAAACUGCCAUCUCAUAAAUUUAUCAUUGGCUAAAAUCAGAGAAUUACAUGGUGGAUUCAAAAGUAUUUGCGAUAACUUUGCCAUUAACCUUACUGAAUUUGAAAGUAUAUUUUCCUCUAAUGAGGCAACUUUCGCUAUUUGGGAUACUGAUAACAAUGUUUAGUUUGAUUUGUUUGAUUUCAAUGAGAUCUAGAGUUUGGCUUUGAUGGAUUUGGAAUUCUGCAUUCAGUGCGUAUUGAUAUCGACUUCCAAAAUAUAUCAGGUAGGAGAUGAUGUCUCAGAUCUUGAAAUUACAAAUCUAGUUAGAUCCUCCUUUCCGGAGGGAGCUAGAGUGACAUUGACUUAACUUUUAAAAAUGGAAACUCCUGAUUUUAUCAGCCAUAAAAUUUUGAGAGAGAGUGAAUUCAUUAUAUAUGAUAAGCAUAAUGUUGAUAAAAAUUAGAAAUUUCCUCCAAAUUAUGGUACAAAGCCAUUUUAACCAAAGAGUGCUGCUUAACUUAUCAAUAAUAGAAGGUCUUAGAAUUUCAGAAGUUGGCUUAGUGCUGCUUUACAGCCUAUUAUUGCUUACAGACUAAAUUAGAAGACUAUCCAUAACUAUAUUAAGGAACCUGAUGAGAUUAAAUCUAAAAUGGAAUGGGUUUAUGGAAUAAGAUGUGGAGAUACUAAAAGACCUCUUCAGUACUCAGUAGGCAAGCAUUUAGCUUAGUCAACAGGGACCCGAGAGAAAUAUGAAAAGUCAACUUGGGAAAAUAAUGAGGAGAUAAUUUAUUUCACUGCUGCUAUAAUUGUUCUUUUUAAUCCCAAGAUUAACUCUUAGAGGUUCUAUUUGCAACAUGAUUAGGAGAUUUUAAGUUUGACAAUAUCUAAUUAAUCAGGAGAUAUUAUAGCAUCCUCUGAAAUAGCAGAUCAUCCUAAAAUCCAUAUUUGGCAUUCAAGAACAUUAGAAAAUAUAAACAUCUUGAAAGGCAUACACAGAAAAGGAGUUCAUCUUAUGGCAUUUUCAAACGAUGAUAGAUACUUGGUAACUUGUGGUCUUCAAAAUCCAUCUGCUGUCAUAAUUUAUGAAUGGAGAACUUCUAGUGUCAUUAUUUCAACAUCUAUCAGUGGACCAACUCAGGAUAUUUUUUCAUUGCCUCAGAUACAUGACUAAUACUUGAAAGAGAGAGAGCCCUCUGAAGAAUUAGAAUAAAGAGGUAGAAUGGUUCAGUAAAAGAUAAAGAAAGAGGACGGUAUUGUCGUGAUAAGUGAAUUUGAGAUAAUUGUUUUUAUGAAACAGACAGAUAUGUUUACUAUACAUUAUAUUUCAUUUGCUGAGGCUAAAGGUGACUGUGAGGCUAGAGCUCUUUGUGGACUAGCGAUUAUUGCUGAUCAUAAAAAUCAAUUUUACAAAUAGACAGGUGAAUUCGGAGAGAAAAAGCAUAUAUUCUUAACUGGGCACUAAGAUGGCAGGGUGUUAAUUUGGAAGCUUUAUCAAUAUGUGGGGGUCUUGCACAACUAUAAGGAUGAGAUUACUGCUCUUUCUAAAUGCUUUGAAGAUUUUAAUCAAAAGAAGCUACUAAUAUUGACUCUAUCUGGUGAUGUUAUAGAAAUAAGUUUAAGUGAGUUGCAUUAAACAAAGAUCAAAGCUAAAAGAAUAAACUCAAUUACGAAGAUAAAUGGAACAAUAAGAGCUAUGUGUUUACUAAAUUAAGUUGAAAAGACUGUUAUGAUUGGAGGAGAUUAGGGAAUAGUUUGUUCCUACGAUCUUGCAACUCAUGAUUUGAUAGAUAUUUGGAGUGUUGGAGCGAGGAUUACUGCUCUUGCAUGUUUAUCCCUUGAAGAUGGAGGAUUCAUUGCUGCUGUAGGUACAAAUGAAGGGAAUUUAAUCAUUCGAUAAGAUUGGGAGGAAAUUAUACCAAGACAUCAUGGCUGUGGAUAAAAAACUAUAAAUGACAUUAAAUUUUCAAAAAGUGGUGUGAUGAUUGCAGUUGCUAGCACUGAUAAAAAUAUAUACCUCUUUGAAUAUAAAGAUAAUGAUUAUGUCAAUUUGGUAGCUUGCAGGCUUGAAGAGGGGUUUCCAGUUUCACUAAAUUUCUCAGAAGAUUCUACAAAGAUAGCGGUUAGCACAAAUCAAAGAAAGCUUAUUCUACUAGAUCCAGCUGAUUUCACUCUAUUACCAACUGAGAGUGAGUUAUGUGCUGUAUUUUGGUCUUCAUUUGUAGGCAGGUAUCCGUUAAUCACAAAAUCUCCUAGUACCAAUAUGGUCCCUUAUGCUCUUGGAAAUUUAAGUAAUUUAGUUGCUGCUGGUGAUGAAAAUGGAAAUAUAUAUUUCUGGAAGAGUGUUUUUAACAUAAAAGAUAAUAUAGGACUUAAUUUUACUGGACAUACAUCUCACGUUCAGAGAAUAGAAUUAACUGUUGAUGAUAAAAGAUUAUUAAGUGUAGGUCUCUAAGACUAAACAUUAUGCUAAUGGAAAAUAGACUAAAUUAUAGAAGAAUCAACUGACAUUCACGGAACAAUUCAAGAUAAUCAGCAAGCAAGAAGGAAUAAUCAUAUAUCUGAUGAUGACUCUAUUAUCAAUGAAAUGAAUUAUAACUUCUCAAAAUUUCAAAGUAAUCAAGACUCAUUCAAGGACAAUACAGUUUUGAUCAGAGGUUCAAUUAGUACUACUAUCAAUAAAAUAUUGUCAAAAUUGCACUUUGAAUAUGAGGAUAAAAGCUGGAAGAAAUCACCUGCUAUGUCCCUAGUUAUUGAACAUAUUUACGGAGUCUAGACUGCAGAUAAAAGAUAAACUGUAAUGUAUGUUCAUUUUUCAGGAACAACAGAAUAAUCAAGAAAUGAUCCGAGCAAAAACUAAACCAAAUCUGCUUCUGAAGCUCUUGGUUUGACUGGAUCUGCAAGUGCAAAGCUAGAUAUGGUUUUGCCUAAAAUUCUAGGAGUCAAUUAUGCAAAUUUGAUUAAUGACCAUCUAAAUAUAACCUAUGAUCCCAAGCAUUAGAUUUGCUAGAAAUAUUUAACUUACUUUACCUCAAGAUUUGCUAUUGUCUAUAAUACUGGCAAGAACUCUCAAACUUUCUACUAAGGACAUUCAUUAAAAAUCUCAGCAAUAGCUAGACAUCCAACAAGCCCUUUUAUUGCAACAGGGGAGGUAAAUUCAAAUCCAUCAAUUCAUGUAUGGGAUGCAACCAACUUAGAGACUUUAAUUGUUUUAAAAACAUCGCAUAAAGGUGGCGUAUUCCAUAUAGCAUUUUCAGGAGAUGGAUAGCUUUUAGUUUCAAUUGGAGUAGAUUUUACUUAUUCAAUGCAAAUAUUUCACUGGUAGUAAGGUAGAACGAUGGCAUUUAGGAAUACUGGAUAUCUUCCAAUAUUUGGAGUUAGGUUUAAUCCUUAUGAUAAAACAUAAAUCAUUACCUGUGGACUUGAACAUAUGGCUGUUUGGUAACUAAAAGGUCCUCAUCUAACUUGCUAAACUUUCUAAAAAACUAUGACAGUUUCUACUUAAUUACUGGAUGAAAAUAAUGAACCAUCUUCGACAACAUCUACAAAAGGAUAAAGAUGUAUUCUACUCUGUUUGGAUUUUAUCUCGUUUAAACUUGGAAAUUCAAUUCAGAAUGAUAUUGUCUUUGGCUCAAGUCUUGGGGAAAUAACUACUUUUUGCAGUGGUAAGCAUUUUAUACUUAAUCCAAAUGCUCAUGAUGGAGCUAUAAAUUGCAUAAAGGUUACAGACUCAAUGACUGAUAGAGUGAAUAUAUUUACUGGAGGAGAGGAUGGCUUUAUUAAACUAUGGGAUGCUUCUCUAAAUCUUAUUUAGCAAAUUGAUAUGAGAAAAGUAAAAAUCAUUGAUGAUCUUAAAAACAAAAAGGCAUUUGCAGUUUAAAGUCUUGACAUCUAUGUUUGUGAUAGAAAAGAUCCAAGAAGAAUUCUUGUUGGUCUAAGAUGCGGAGAAGUAAUGGAGUCAAUCGUUACUGAAAGUGAUAGAGAGGAAUCAAAGAUGAAUUAAAUGGUUGAUAGAAGCAUGGGAUAAAGGUAAAGACCUUUACUUAAUUUCAACUUCUAUCAAUAUCUAUCCUCUCAUUCAUCACUUUACAGGAAUCAAAAUCAUAAAAAGGUAUUUGUUGCUAUGUACCCCCUUAAGAAAUAUGGUAUAUUAGCUUCAGUAGGUGAUGAUGAAACACUAAGAUUAUGGGAUAUAGUUAAACAUCAGCUGAUGACAACUAAAAAUUUAGGUACUUAGGCUACAUCUCUUAGUUUCAGUCCUGAUGGAUCUUAUUUAGCAGUUGGACUUGUUAAUGGUGUUUUCCUUCUAUUGGAUUCCAAGAUUGAAAAACUUAAUUAUGGUACCUAUAUGGAGGAAUAUCAGAAGCCCACACUUGAUGUAAAAAUGAGUCCUAAGGAAAGUAAGGCUGCUAUCCUGGCAAUAAGAUUUUCGCAUAGAGGAGAUUUUAUUGCUAUAAGCUAUGACAAUGAGCAUAGACCUCCUGAAGCUGCUUAGAAUUAAAAUUAAUAAAAAGCACCAACCCAGACGAAAGCAUCAGAAUUAAAUUAGAAAAGAGAAACUAGUUUCGUUUUGCUUUAUGUCAAUAGAUAAUCAGGAAGGAAUCCUGGAAUUAAGCUUAACUCAAAAGAUCCAUAUGUUAGAUUUAACAAAAUUGUAAUCCCAUUAGCUGAAUAUCAAGCUCCAGUCUAGAUUAGACAGAUGCUAGCUAUAACUUAAAUGGAUUUUUCUGAAGAUGAUUUCUUUCUUGAAAUGUGUACUUAAAAAGUAGAUUCAGAUCACAUCAGAGAUUACACUGAGGGAGAAGAUAUUUAUGUUGUCUUUGAUAUCUCUUAGAACUAAAUUGUGUCAGAUUUUGACUUGCUAAAGAAAGCGGAAUGGCCAGAGUGGAGUUUAUCUAAUGCCAUUAAUGCUAGGUUUUAAGGCAAUCAAAUUACCCCUGAAAACAUUGAGGAAGAAAAAAAGCUAAGACUAGUUGAGUAAUGUAUAAUGACAUCUAUCUCAAGAUUCAAUCUUAUUUAAAAUUCUGUUUGUGGUAGCAUUAAUGGAGACCUUUACUUAUUUAGAUAUCCAUCACUGUUUAUUGAUAAAAAUAACGUCAUUGAUUUCAGUAUCGAUAAACUAAGAAAGAUUGAUAUGGCCCUAACAAGAGGAUUUUCAGCUCAUACUUCAAUGGUGCAGUGCACUGAAAUUCAUGAAGACAAUUAUAUAUUUUCAACUGCAUUAUCUGACUAAUGUAUCAUUCAGUGGAAGGUUUAAUACGAAGACCAAGAUUGGGAAUUAGAUUUUAAUAGAUUUUAAGUUGAUAAAACUGAUCCUUUUGCAGAAGUACCCUCUGCUGAGAGAUUUAAAGUAUUAAUGUCUGAAAUAUGGACUCAAAGACUUGAAGUAGCAGAGAGAGCUUUUGAUAGAAGAAACAAUUUAAAGAUUGAUUGCUAAGAUAAAAUUAUUUACAGUGCUGGAUCUUUAAUAAUCUUUCUUUCUAAAAACGAUGAUCCAGACGCUGAAUGCCCAGUUCUUCAAGAGUUUUUGACUCCAGAAGAGCAAAGAUUUACAGCAAUCUCCCCCGAAGUCUCAACUUUUACUUUAUCUGAUGACAGAAGAAUUCUGGUUAUUGGUACAUCUUAAAUUGAGGCAAAUGUAUUCAUAUGGGAAAUUAGUACUAAUUUACAGCUAGCUAGGCAAAUCAUUCAUUCCUUACCAUACAAGAUCAAGGAUGUCGCAUUUUUUCCUGGUAGUACAAGAAAAUUCGUAACCUGUGGAAUUCAACAUAUGUGUUUUUGGAGAUAAAGUGGAAGAAAUCUUGAGAGUUAAAUUGGUGAGCUUACUAUACCUAAGACUUUCAAUAACCUUGGUGAUGGUGUAUUCAGUCAUGAGGCUUAGAAUCAAAAUAAAUUUGGACUGUCACUUGUAUGUGAUGAUAUUGAUCCUUAAAUGCUUAAAAAUAAAAGUCAAGAAGAAGAGUUGGAGAACAUAUUUGUUACAUUCCUAACUAUAGGAUUUCUAAUGAAUACACUUAUUGCUGCAGGUGAUGAUGGAUUUGGCUCAGUCUUAGCUCUUGAUACUAAUGUAAAUGCUGGACUUAUACUUUCAGGUGGAAUGGAUGGAACUGUUAUAUUAUGGAGGCUAUUGAUAGAACCAAGAUCAAAUAUUAAAUCACUAGAUAAGCUCAAGACAUUAUCUGUAGCUAAAAAUAUAGAUCCUUAACAAGCAGUAAUGGAUCCCAAAUACAAUGUUCAGAGUGUCUGCCUAGGGCAUAACAGAAUUAUAAUUGGAACAAGAAGUGGUAAUGUACUAGAAUCAAAGAUCAAUGAAGCUGGUGAGGACUCAAAACUUAUCAAACCUACUGGAUCAAAAUAAAAUCUUCAAAGAUGGAUAAGCUGCAUAGACAAUGAAACGCCUAAAUCCAUUUCAAUUGAUAUGAGAAGUAGCAGAAUAUUUAUAAUCACUCACAAGGGUUAUUUCUCAGUUUGGGAUCUUAACACAUUCGAUGUAAUUUUCACUAAAAACUUUGCUAAAGUUUCAAGAUCAAUUAUUUCCUUCAAGCUUUCAAAUAAAGUCAUGCUUAUAUUUGAGAACGAAAUCAUAGUCCUUGACAGCAAUCCGGUAAAAAAGGAGUACGAGGAAGUUCCUUCUUACAAUUUGAAGCUUAACACAAUUUCUGAUGCAAAGCUAAAUCAUAAUGAGAGAAUUCUUGGUGUAGCAACUACUUCUGCUGCUGCUCCAGAAGUUACGCUUUAUGAUACUGAUAACGGUUUUACUAAGAUGAAAACGCUUUAUGGAUUUAAGUCUAGCAUCAAAUAUAUAGAUUUUUCCACUGACAACUAUUAUCUGUAAUGCGAAGACAAUCUGGGUGAAGUAUUACUUUUCGAAAUAGAAACUUAGAGAGUCAUUCAUACUGAUGCUAUUGAUUUUGAACUAGAGUGGCUUGGAGAGGGUCUUAGAAGCUAUUCACAUCUUAAGGGUAUUCACUAUUGGUACAAUCAGAGUAAUAAAAUCUAACAGAUAGCAAAGGUAAUUGGCAGGCCCAUUGUUGUAGUAGGUGAUGAGCUAGGGACUAUUAGACUAUUUAAUUAUCCCAAUAUUAGUGGAUAGGGCUAUUAUCAAUGCUAUAGUGAUCAUUUGUUUUCAAUUACUAACUGUCUAUUCAGUCCAGACAGAAAAUUUUUACUCACAACAAGCGAGAUGGAUAGAUGUAUAUUCAAAUGGAGAGUAAACUACAAAUUAGAAAGGAUCAAAGAACUUUAACAGCAGAAAGUUCAUUAAUGA